ACAGAGGACGGCGCUGAGCCAACAUGGCGUCUUCAGUAGCUGUGCUGCUGCUGGUUUGUUUAUUUUCAUUUACGAACCAAAUCAGCUCCUCCAGACUUUUAUCCGAGCCCUGUUACAAGCCCAUCAGAGACCACACACCGGACUCUGUCAGGACAAAGCCUCGUCCACAUGAGUACAUAAAGGUGUCGGACCUUCCUCCGUCGUGGGACUGGAGGAACAUCAAUGGGAAGAAUUAUGUUAGCGUCACACGGAACCAGCACAUCCCCCAGUACUGUGGGUCGUGCUGGGCGAUGGGAGCCACCAGUGCGCUAGCAGACCGCAUCAACAUCAAGCGCGGAGGAGCGUGGCCGUCGGCCUACCUGUCAGUCCAGAAUGUGAUCGACUGCGGAGGCGCCGGUUCUUGUUAUGGAGGAGAUCACCUGAGAGUCUACGCGUACGCUCACAAGAAAGGCAUCCCUGAUGAAACCUGCAACAACUACCAAGCUAUAAACCAAAAGUGUGAGCAGUUUAACCAGUGUGGCACUUGCUCCUUCUUUCAAUCGUGUGCUGUUGUGAAGAACUACACUGUGUGGAAAGUGAGCGACUACGGAGAAGUUUCCGGAAGAGACCGGAUGAAAGCUGAAAUUUACACCAACGGGCCCAUCAGUUGUGCACUGAUGGCCACUGCUGGUCUGGAAGGAUACUCUGGAGGGAUCUUCUCAGAGUUUCACCCGCUGUCUUUGCCCAAUCACAUCGUGUCUGUGGCCGGUUGGGGCGUGGCGGAGAACGGGACUGAGUACUGGAUCGUCAGGAACUCAUGGGGAGAGUUCUGGGGGGAACACGGCUGGGCAAGAAUAGUCAGCAGUGCCUAUAAGGGAGGAAAAGGCAACUGGUUCAACUUAGGCAUUGAGAAAAACUGUGCAUAUGGAGACCCUGUUGUAACAUAAAUAUCUUAUUAAACUGAUGGACUCU